CUUCGGUCAACCCCCCAGCCUUCGAGCUAACAGCUCACUCGACCCUUCGACGCCGUGACACGCAAGCUCAGCAUCAGCACAGAAAAAGAUCUCCAGCUUUGGUUUUCUUUGCUGCCUGGUUUGAUACGCUUUUGAUUCUUGUUUUCUAGCGCUCUACUUUCGCAUUGCCUGACGUUACGCACACCUGCCCGCCAUGGCCAUGUACGGGGCCACCAGAAACGUGGACAUGGGAAAGCAGGAGUCGGAGUUGGCCAUCAACAUCAAGAAAGCCACGAGCAUCGACGAGACAGCGCCGAAGCGCAAGCACGUAAGAGCAUGUAUCGUGUAUACAUGGGACCACAAGUCGUCGCAGUCGUUCUGGUCGGGCAUGAAAGUGCAGCCUAUCCUUGCCGACGAAGUUCAGACGUUCAAAGCCCUCAUCACGGUGCACAAGGUGCUGCAAGAGGGACACCCAAUCGUGCUCAAAGAAGCUCAGGCCAACGUUGGAUGGCUGGAAAGUUUGAGACGAGGCUCCGUAGGCGGUGGUGCUCGAGGCUACGGAAAGCUCAUUGAUGAGUACAUUUAUUUCCUAAGGGCCAAACUCGCGUUUCACCGCCAGCAUCCAGAAUUCAACGGGACGUUUGAAUAUGAGGAGUACAUCAGUCUGAAGUCCAUCAACGAUCCAAACGAAGGCUACGAAACCAUUUCUGAUCUCAUGGUCCUUCAAGACCAGAUCGACUCUUUCCAGAAGCUUAUCUUCGCUCAUAUUCCUCAUUCUGCACAUAGCGAAUGUCGCAUAUCGGCUUUGGUGCCGCUCGUGCAGGAAAGUUAUGGCAUCUACAAGUUCCUGACGAGCAUGCUGCGUGCCAUGCACGUCCAGCUGGGUGAUGAUGAGGUGUUGCAGCCCUUGCAUGGACGUUACGACAUGCAGCAUUACAGACUUGUCAAGUUCUACUACGAGUGCAGCCAGCUGCGUUAUCUGACCAGCUUGAUCACGGUACCGAAACUCCCUCAAGAUCCACCAAACUUGCUAGCAGAAGACGAAGAACGUCCCGCGUUACCAUCCCGACCCAAAAACGAAGUGGAGAAGCCACCCACCCCCAAGAAGAAUCUCGAUAUCGACCCUGAACCGAUCAACGAAUUUUGGAAGAACCAACAGGCUCGCGAACAAGAUGCAUAUGCCGAAGAGCAACGUAGACUGCAGGCGCAACUGGAGGAGGCGCUACGUUUGCAGGAAGAGCAGCAAAGACAAGCACAAGCAGAAUUUGAGCGACAACAGCGUCUGCAAGAAGAACAGGCUCGACUUGCGCAGGAGCAGCUUAUGCGUGAUCAAAUGGCCCAGCAGACGUAUGGCCGAAUGGCAGAACUCGAGCGGGAGAAUCUAAAUGCUCGUGCUCAAUACGAGCGUGAUCAGUUGAUGCUCCAGCAGUAUGAUCGUCGUGUUCAAGCGCUGGAGAACGAAUUGGCUUCUCUGCAGGCGAACUACAACCAACAGAACCAGUCAAAGGACGACCAGAUUCGUGCCUUGCAGGAGCAGCUGAACACGUGGCGAUCCAAGUACGACAAUCUUGCUAAGCUCUAUUCGCAGCUGCGGAAGGAGCACAUUGAGCUGCUGCAGAAGUUCAAGGGCAUUCAAACGAAGGCAGCGUCUGCUCAAGAAGCCAUUGACCAGCGAGAGAAAUUACAGCGCGAGUUGAAGCAGAAGAACCUGGAUCUUGCGAACAUGAUCCGUGAGCGCGACAGAGCACUGCUGGAUAAGGACCGAGUACAAGGCAAUCACCGCGAGGAGAUUGAGAAGCUCCAGCGUGAGCUCCGUUUCGCCCUCGAGAAGGCGGAAAACGCAGAGCGUGGGAAAGGGUCAGAGCUCUCGGCCAUGCUCAAUCGUCACAACCGUGAGAUUGCAGAUCUGGAGGAAGCACUACGACAGAAGGAGAAUCAGCUUAGAGAGCUGUCACGACAAUUGCGUGAGGGCGACGGUGACCUUGAGCGACAACUUCGCGAGAAGGAGGAAGAGCUGGAGGUCUUCAAGGCUGGCAUGGACCAAACGCUGAUCGAGUUGAAUGAGAUGCGUCAGCGACAAGAAGCCAAUGACCAGGCCAUCGAUGGCCAGCUGGACAGCGUGAUCCUGGACAACAUCCGCAAGAUCAACGAGAUCAUCGACUCUGUCCUCUCGGCCGGCGAACAGCGUGUGGAUGAUGCACUCUACGAGCUCGACUCGUCCAUGAUCGCCGGUAACCAGAGCGCAUCGGGAGCCUUUGUGCUGUCUCAGAUCGAGAGAGCUGCACAGAAUGCUAUGGAAUUCUCUGGCGCCUUCCGCGAGUUCAUCGCUGACGGCCCAAGCAGUGCUCAUUCGGAGAUCAUUCGCACUGUGAACGCUUUCGCUGGCUCAAUUGCGGAUGUUCUCUCUAAUACCAAGGGUCUCACCCGAUUUGCGUCAGACGAGCGCAAGGCUGACCAACUUAUCAAUGGCGCGCGCAAGGCUGCACAAGGCACUAUCAAAUUCUUCCGCGACCUGAAGUCGUUCAGACUUGCUGCGCUUGAUGACGAGGGCAAGCAGGAGGUCAUUAUCCACGACAAUGCUGACGUGCAGCUUAGCCUGCAGAAUCUAUCCAAGCUCGCAGACGCAUUUGCACCAAAGAGCAAGCUUACCGACCAGUCCGGCGACCUAGGCGAGCUCGUCGAUCGUGAGCUAACGAAUGCUGCUGCAGCGAUCGAUAAGGCUGCCGAGCGUUUGAACAAGUUGAUGAACAAGGACCGCAGUGGAUACUCCACUUACGAGCUGAAGAUCCACGAUUCGAUACUCGAGGCAGCCAUUGCGAUUACAAACGCAAUCGCACAGCUUAUCAAGGCAGCUACUGCUUCUCAACAGGAAAUCGUCCGAGAGGGCCGUGGCUCUUCUUCUCGAACACAGUUCUACAAGAAGCAUAACCGUUGGACUCAGGGUCUUAUCUCAGCAGCCAAGGCCGUGGCUACUUCGACAAACACACUCAUCGAGACGGCCGAUGCUGUCAUCUCCGGCCGCGCUUCGCACGAGCAGCUCAUCGUCGCAUCUAAUGACGUUGCUGCUUCAACCGCCCAACUCGUUGCCGCAUCUCGUGUUAAAGCUUCUCUCAUGUCCAAGACACAAGAACGUCUCGAGUCGGCAUCACGAGCCGUCACUGCUGCUUGCCGGAAUCUUGUCAGACAGGUACAAGACAUCAUUGCUCAGCGUGACCGCGGAGAAGUCGCGGAGGACUACAGCAAGCUGUCUGCACAUGAACUGAAGACUCAGGAGAUGGAGCAGCAAGUUGAGAUUCUCAAGUUGGAGAAUGCACUUAGCGCGGCGAGGACCAGACUGGGCGAGAUGAGGAAGCUGAGCUAUCAGGAAGAGUAAAGGUUUUUCUUUUUUUUUUUUCCUUUGCCUUGUCGCCGAAGGGCGUUUCUCGCGGAUUGUGCUGCGCGUGUUGAAAACAAGGAUGAUUAUAUGUGAUCCAGUUAGCGUUUGACUGUUCGUCCCUUCUUUCCUCAUGGGUUGGUUCAUGGACGCUUCCGGCGAGCAGGAGAUAUCCAAAAGGUGAAGAUUUUCUUCCAGCGACGAGAACCAGGCGCCGACAAAACAUACUUGGAACCGUGCUGUAGCUUAGCUUGGCUUUCAUUAUUUUUAUGGACAUAAGUCACAUUCUUCUCCAA